CAAAAAAUAGAGAGACCAGUCAAGCCUGUGCAGACAUCAAAUACUUCUAGCUCUGAUGUGCCGAAUUCAACCUCAUCAGGGCCAACUUUCGACAGCACUCCUCAUUUUGAAAGGCCAAGCAACCCGACACCUGCAACAAUUGGCACAGCUCCAAAGCUUCCAAGGCAAAAUGACAUUCCAGGGCCUGUGUUCGAUGUGUCCCCCAUCUUAUUCAAAACACCAUCAUCGGAUGGACCUCAAGUGGUUUUGCAUGAAGCAUUGGAGGUCAAUGUUGAGGCCAGGGACGGGUCUGACAGUCAUGAUGAAGGAGUUUUAAUAUCCAAGCAUAUCUGUUGUUGCAAGCCCGAUUUCAUUGAAAUAGAUGGCUUCCAUACAUCUCUGCAGAACUUUCACGGGUCUCUAAAGCCAAUAGCUGAGACCGACAACGAGGUCAUGACCUUAUACCUGAGGACUUUCAACUAUGAUCAGUCGGUAAAGAAGAAGAAACCCAAGAUGUUUGCAUUCUCAGUGUUGAUGAGUACAAAACUCAGUGCUGAGCCCGAUGUGUUUGAUCCGAAGGUGUGCGAAAGAGAAUUUAGGAGUGCUUGCUCAGAUUAUCAUAUUUCAAAAUCUGACUUACUAUUCUUCACGGUUGUUCACAAAAGGCACUGGGCAGUAGUAGUUGUUAACAUUGCCCAAAAGGAGUUCAAUAUUUUUGACUCGACCAAGAACUCAAAAGACCUAUUCGAGAUGGACAAGAUUACUAAGAAUCUGAUCGCCAAUAUCAAGAGUGUUACAAUGAGGGAGCCCCUUUUCAAGCAUGAUCUCGAGUCUUUCACAGUGUUCUCCCCAGCUAAUUACCCGCGACAAACAACUUACUAUAACUGUGGCUACUACAGUAUUUUAUACUGGAGAAUUGGAAUGGCCUUGUUAUGCUGUCAUUCGAUGAGGAAUACAUUCCAAAUCUUCGAAUACGCAUUUCAGCGGAUCUGCUGAGACACCCGAACAACAAGCUGGACCCCGCGCAGCAGCUGAAGCUCCUUCUUCAGCGUUAGAUUCAUGGUGUCGAGCUUCUGGAACUUGAGGAGGCGUGGUGGUAGCGGGGCCUGGUGGGGCUCUUUUUUGUAGCUACUGUAGUCACACUUGUAAUGCUUAUAGGAAGUUGACAACAUGCUGUACUGUGACUUUUGUUUGGAGUCCAUCUGAGUUGAACCCAGAGCUUUUGAAUUUUUCAAUAUGUAUUUACUUGCUUCAAGAUGAAUUUGAUAUUCUUCGUCCUGGCUCGAGAAUGUUGUCACAAGUAAUU